AUGACGCGCGGCCAGCGGUGGGGCAUGCGUCGGGCGGCGGGGGCGGCGGCGGGGGCGGGCGGAGUGUGGCCGGCGGGGCCGCUGGGGGGCGCCCUUCGCCCCCACCCCGCGGCAAGCCGGCUGGGCGGUGCGGGGGCCGGGGCGCCGGGCCACGGCGUGCCUAGGGCUAGCUCGGCGGUCCCGCGGCCCCUCCUCGCGCAGCCCCCGCCCCGGGCCCGCGGCCGGAGCCAGCACCAGGUCGGUGACCCGCAGGCCGGGAGCGCGUCGCCCGACUUGGUCCCUGACGUCUUCUGUAUGCGGGUGCGACUGGAGGAGACCGGAGAAAUGUUCCUGGUGACAAACUGCCGCAGCGACAUGACCGUGCGGGAGCUCAAAGCGGAGCUGGACCUGUUGGUCGGCAUACCCUUCAACCUCCAACGGCUCCAGUACCUGGACCAAGGAGUUUUGAUGGAUGAUACUACAUUGAAGUUCCAUGAUGUUGUUCCUGGUGGAAUUAUUUCAUUAUGUAUCUGGCAUUAUGAUGGAUGGACGGAACUGGUUUUGGCGGCUGUGGAAGGGGACCCCAGUAAGCUAUCCUGUCUUGGUACUACUGAAGAUUCCUUCUAUCGAACUGCAAAUUCAGAACAUUUCGAAGGUGAGACGUGGAAGCAGUGGAUAUCACAGAGGGCAUUUGUGGCGCUGUAUGUGACCUCACACAGAGGACACGUUGAUGCUGUGCAGUACCUUCUACAGCACGGAGCUGAUUGCUUCAGCACAUCUCCCCUGGGCAGGACGCCACUGCACGUGGCAGCUGCCAUGGGCCGGUGGGACUGUAUACGGCUCCUGCUCGAGCGUGGGGCCUCCAUCCACAACAAAGAUACCAGCGGGGAGACCCCCAUCACCGUUGCCCGCCGAAUGAACCGCAGGCAGAGUGAGCGGCAGAUGUUUCUCUUCCGCUGCAUUGAAAAGUCAGGGACAAAAGACCUGAACGACUUCAUCAUGAAUAAGGUUUUACAGAGAGUUAAGUCAGGGGUUGGGUCCAAGAAGAAGACCCCAGAAAAUGCUGACACGCAUUCUCAAAGCAUUGAGGGGGCCACUCAGCCAGAGUUCAGCCAGGACCAGCACAUUGGGCUGGGCACCACCAGGCGGUGCAGAAUGCAGGAUGGACUGGCAGAAAGAAACCCCUCCCCAGGUCCGCUGGGGGGUCGCCCCCCGCCAGGUGGCGCUGUUGAAUCCCGCUGCGUCAGGUGGGCGAGCGCGGCGGCCACCAGGUGUCGCACUGAGACCGCAGAUCAACUCGUGGCGCCGGCCUGUGCCAGCCCUACCCUCUCUUCUUCAACGCAGGAGUUCGUCCUCAGCCUGGCCCUUGUGACACGCCGCUGUGUGGCGGGGCAGGGGGGGACCCCGGCCAGCCCCAAGCGGACGGCAGCUCCGCUCCUGCAACUCCACGAUCGCCCAGCAGGGGGCGGCGUGGAUACGGAAGAGAGAAAACGGAUGAAGGAGGCAGCAUCUGUCACUGGCUGCCCCAGCGUGGGCCUUCCCUCUCCACUCCACCUUCCAGUCUCCAGCAGGGAGUCCCUCAAGAGCCUGAAGCGUGAAUUGCGUGUCCCACCACCAAGUGCAGAGCCAUCACUUAAUAGCGCCUGUGUAGUCCCCUGCACCCACCUUUUCAGUCCAGGCCCACCCUCAGCAGCCUCAGCCAAUGAGGGGGGCCUAUCCACCCCCACCUCCCUGCACCGGCCCUGCUCAUUGCACCACAUGGUGGUGGUAGCCGAGACUCAGCAGACUGUUUCGGUGGAGGAGAUGAGGCUUGUGCGAGCUGCUGUGCGAUUUCUGUUGCAAGCUGAGAAAGUCAUGGGUUUGAGAGCUUGGGAUUGA